AUGGAAAGCAUCAGAGAAUCCGAAUUGCGGGAAGUUUUUAAAGAGUUCGAUAAGAAUGGAGAUGGUCGAAUAACACGGGAAGAAUUAGAAGUUGCUUUAAUGCAGUUAGGCGAAAAGCCUUCACGACCCAAAGUGGAAGCCAUGAUUCAGCAAGCAGACACAGAUGGGAACGGGUGUAUUGACAUCGAUGAAUUUCUUAAUGUUCUUAGAAAGCAGUUUGUUGAUCCGAAAGAGGAAAAAGAGCUGCGGCAAGUAUUCAAUGUUUUUGACAAAAACCAGGAUGGUCUCAUAUCUUUGGAUGAUUUAGUAUACGUAAUGAUGUCAUUAGGAGAAAAACUAACAGAAGCUGAAGCUAAAGAUAUGAUAAAGGAAGGAGAUCUCGAUCAUGAUGGUAUGAUAGACUUUCAAGAAUUCAUUAUGUUGAUCAAAAACCAAUCAUAA